AGAGCCUCCGAAAAGCAAAAUUCUCACGAAUGGCUUCUACAUUACGGGUCUGGAAUUCCCACCCCCAAUAAUGCCGGUCCGACGUGGGCUAACCGGGUUUGAAAUAGGGAGCGACUUCUUCAGUAUGUCGGUCAUGCCUAAGGCUUCUCCGGACGCCGCCGCCGUCACGGUUGGUCUUGAUCCCUGGCCGGCGAUUGUUCCACACAAGUCCCGGUUGGCGGGCAUUUGGAGAAGCAUAUCCCAACACGCCUUCGGCCCCUGAUGUUGCGGCAACCCCUCCAGAGAGGCCUCCGCAUAUCCGACCUUUGUUCAACUUGCCUAGUGCUAGACGAUCCUCUCUCAGAUUAUCUCGUCAGGACUUGGUGCGCGUUGAGGAACGUCUGGAAGACAGGGACCUGCCUGGGGGAUACGCUGCAUGGCUAGAGGUUUCUGACCCGAGGCAUAGAGAUGGUGAACCGAUUUCAGAGCAGGUUACGGAUGAGGUCAUAAAACCGGUUGUUGAAUUGCUCUUGGAAGGGUUGAUUGAGGAGGGGCCUCAGCACAGCGAGUUACCGCCGGCUGCAGAAUUUCUCGAGACAUUGAGGUCUAUGGCUCUGGCGAACGACAGUCAGUAUCGGCUACUGCUUACCAGUAUGCUUCGACAAGGCAAAGGUCCGGAGUUGGUUUCACCCGUGCUUGAUAGCGCUAUUCAGUACUACAAGGAAGACCACUUCAGAGCUGGUGCUCGUCGGCAAACAGUUGAGGGGGAGGAAGAAACGAGUGAGAUAGACCGGGAUAUGCUGUGGUCCUCUCUCCGGUGGGGGUUUCGACUUGCCAGCAGCCCUUCCGCCAUUGCUUCGACCAUAUAUCUCGCCUUUCUUCAUACGAUGGAGGUUGCGACCCAGCAUCACAAGGAUUUGGAGAGAACCUUGUUCAGUUUUCCUCAGCUCCCCAACGCCCCGUUUCUUGGGAAAUAUAUGGCACAUCAUUAUUUUGAGGAGGAGAUGCAAACGCGGCUUGUGAAGCUAGCGGAUAAAUUUGAGUUUAAAAAGUUGCUCACGGUACCCGCACUUCUCCAGAGGGCGACCGCUCAGUACACGGACGGAGGGCGGCUGAAGGACUAUUACGAUUCUCUCAGAACCCAAGCUGAAGAUACCGGGAUCCCGUUCUCGGAGGAGAACUUUAUGGUUUUUGUCAUGGCUUUUAUGACCCUUACAGAAAGGGAAGUCGCAAUCGAGAUUUGGAACGACAUGGCAAGAAGCGGGAUUUUUCCUAAGCCACGUUCGUGGAACAUGCUACUGACUGAAGCCGGGAGGCUCCAGGACAGAGACCGAUCUUGCCUUCAGGCGGUUUGGAAAACCAUCAUUACGAGCGGAGUUAUCCCCGACGUCAUUUUGUGGACAACACGGAUUCACGCGUUGCUCAUGGCCGACCGUAAAGCAGAGGGAAUGAAGGUUUUGAAGGACAUGCAAAAAUCUGGGCUCAAGCCAACCACCGCGACCAUCAACGCUGUGCUCGACGGGUUGCUGAAAAAUGGGUACAUGAACGAGGCUAAGAAAACACUCCUGGUCGCGACUGGAAUGGGGAUAAAGUCGGAUUUGACGACUUAUAACACGAUGUUAAGGGCACUGCUUCGAUCGAGGAACUUUGAUGAGGCAAUUUCGUUGCUACGUGAAAUGCAAGCUGCGGGCAUUGACGCUGACAUAGUCACCGCGACAACGGUGCUGGAUGGGCUGUACAAAAACUCCCCCACCAAACCGGAUUUGACGAAAGUCAGGAAUCUCCUAGAGUACAUGGAGGCCGCAGGAGUUCCGGCAAACGAAGUGACCUUUACGACUAUCAUUGAGGGGCUACUGGAAACUGGUAAUGAGCAGGCGGCUCAAGACAUUUGGAUGAUUAUGGAAUUUAAGGGAUUGAAGCCUACACCUGCGACCUACACCACCGUCAUCAGAUACGCAUUCUCGAAAGGCGAUCUUCUGGGCGUCGAGAAGCUAUGGCAGCAAGUCGAAGCCAACCGCGUUCCCAAGGAUCAGAAACUUUGGACCCGGCUCGCUGUUGGAUACGCUCAGAUGGGAGAGGUGGAACGACUAAGGUCGGUGAUGGCGGCCAUGGGGGAAGAGGGCAGGAUUUUGCCAUUGUCAGCCUAUACGCUGAUUUUGAGGGCGCUGGAAAAGUGGGAGCUGUAUAACGAUGUUAAAGAGAUUGUCAAGGAUGCAUUAGAGAAGGAUAUGAUAUCUAGUGAUGGCAGUUCGAGGGGACCUGUCGAGAGGAUGUUCUGGCAGACUCUGGAGAGGGUGGCUGAAGGCGCUGUUUUGAUGGAUCUGAAAGCCCAAGGGUUGGUCACUGUAUAACUAUUCUUCUUUCUCUUCGCAAUUUCUAGGGGAGAUAGUAUAGAUUGUAGAUAUUCUGUUGGUGUUCGUACUCUGGGAUAAUCCUACGGGUUGCUUGGUUGUCUUCGU